AUGGACUUGAAUGCCAUGGAGAAAACAAUGGAUCGAACGGCCGUCAACGCGAUAGCCGUACCGAGCGGAGUCUCCACGCCGAGGUCAACCUCUCCACCUAACCCUCAACCUCAACCACAAUCACCGCCUAACGAACAUGAACCGACUCUCAACCUCGUCACCUGGGAUGGUCCUAAUGAUCCCGAGAACCCUCAAAACUGGCCGCGACGUGACAAGCUAUUACGCUCAUCGGCGCCGCUUGCAGUAAUCUUUUCGAUCGCAUUUGCAUCUAGCAUUUUUGGAUCGGCAGCCGAGGUGACGGCACGCGAGUAUGGGGUUUCGCAGGAAGUGAUGAGCUUAGGUGUGGCUCUGUUCGUGGCAGGUUUCGCGACAGGCCCCGUUGUGUUUGCCCCGAUGGCUGAAUUAGUGGGCUCGGCUCCAGUGCUGGCGGUUGCUUUGGCCGGGUGCGCUAUCUUCCAGAUUCCACUGGGUCUUGCGCAGUCUGUCACCACGAUCCUGGUAUGUCGCUUUCUUGCUGGGUUGUUGGGAAGUGGUGGACUCGCUGUGGGGUCGGGGAUUUUGGCAGAUGUCUUUGUCGGACCGACACGAGGCGUCGCGGUGGGAAUGUCGGCGAGUUGUAUGAACCUCGCUUCGACUAUUGCGCCGAUUGUCGGUGCUUUCAUCGUUGAAAACUGCUCGUGGCGCUGGACGGCUUGGGUCACGCUGAUUCUCUGCGCUGUGGUCGGCUUCAUGUGUAUUUUCCUGCUGCGCGAGACAUCGCAUAACCGGAUCCUCAUGAAGCGUGCAGCUCGUUUGCGUCGUGAAACGGGCAAUCAAAACUGGAGGUCUCGAAAUGAGAUAGUCUCAACGGAUAUGAAGGUAUUGCUGCGCAAAUACUGCACCAAGCCAGUGCGCAUGUUGGUGCGGGAGCCCAUCCUCAUCGUGAUGACAGUCUACUUGACGCUUGUCUACGGCUCGUUGUACCUUUCAUAUCAGCUUUUCCCCAAGGCCUUUGAAAACAGAGGCUGGAGCACGCCCAUUGCAAGUCUCCCAUUCAUCGCCGUCAGCUUGGGUAUCGUGGCAGCAGUGGGACUUUUUUCACUCUUCACCAUGACCUGGUACAAGAAGCGAUGGGAUGCUUCUCAGACCGAAAAGGUCGAUGAAUCUCCCCGACCACCUCGCAUCACCCCGGAACAUCGACUGCCGCCUAUGAUCUUCGGCGCGGUGCUACUUCCGCCGGCUUUUCUGUGGUUUGGAUGGAGUGGCAAUGCUCACUGGUCAUGUCAGGUCAUAUCGUGUUUUGUCAUUGGGCUGGCACUGCAGCUUAUCUUCAUCUCGGGUAUCGUGUUCAUUGUGGAUGUCUAUCUACUCAACACUGUGUCCGCAAUCAGUAUCCAUGUCAUGGUCCGCUCCAUGGCGUCGGCCACGUUUCCUCUGUUUGAGAGGCCCAUGUACAACAGCUUGGGCAUCAACUGGUCGGCCACGCUGUUAGCCGGUUUAUCGGCAGUAAUUAUGGUCUCGCCUAUCUUGUUCAUGAUAUAUGGAGCUCGCAUCCGGAGCUGGAGUCGGUUCUCUGUCGGAAGCAUAUAG